AUGAAUAUUAUUAAAAUCAUUUUUUCAUUAUCUUUAUUAAUGAUGAUGAUUUCAUCAAGUAUUGGUCAAGGUCAAGGUCAAUAUUUAAGAAUGGAUGUAUUUGGUGAUGACCAAUGUAGUAGAGAAACUGUUUAUAGUACCAAAUGGACUAAAUUAAAUUUUUGUAAUGGUCAAUUUGUUUAUAGAUAUGUUCCAAAUUUAGGUGAUGGUAGUAGUACAACAACCACUGGUAAUCCAUUAACAACUGCAGGUACAUUAAGCUCUGUCGAUAUCACUUCAAUUGUUACUCAAGCUGUUACUCUUGGUAUGAGUGGUGCUGGUGGUUUAACCAAUUCUGGUCUUUUAUCAAUUGGUGCUUUAAAUGUUGAUAAUUUAGUUGACGCAGCUGCUUCACAAAGUGAUAAUCAAAAUAGUGGUACCACUUCACAAUCACCAUUACCAACAUCCGAUCCUAUCUCAUCAGCCACUACCACCACUACCAUUACCAAUAAUCCAACAACUACUUCAUCAUCAAUUUUAACCAAUUCCGGUUUAUUAACAAUUGGUGGUACUACUGUUUCAGCAGUUACUGAUUUCGUUACCAGUCUUAUUUCAUCAUCAUUAACAAAUAUUGUUACUACUGGUAAUGGUGGUGCCACUACAUCAGUUCAAGGUGCUAUGGGUAAUGUUGUUCUAUAUUAUUGUCUUAGUGCUUCAGGUUGUCUUACUCAAUGUGUUAGUUUACAAAGUUCACCAGUUGGAAUUUGUACAAAGAAUAAAUUAGAUAAUGUUGUUUACUCUGUUGUUAAUGGUACUGAUAUGAUCGUAAAGAUUGAUAAUACCACUAAUCCAGGUCCAAACAAUGGUUAUUGUCAAUCCUUUACUUCUCCAUCCGCUUGUGUAACUGAUAAUAAUGAAUUAACUCAAUAUAUGAAUAAUCAAUGUGGUAAAGGUAUUAAAAUCAAUUGUACAAGUUCAGUUUACAAUUCAUAUAGCUGUGUUGAUUCAAGUUGUUUACAAUGUUCAAAAAUCAGUUCAUAUCCAUUAAAUCAAUGUAAUUUAAUAAAUUCAACCAGUGGUGUAAUGUUUAAAUCAUUAUUAAAAACUCCAAUCACUGAAGAACCAACUCCACUUCCAUAUUCGUCUUCCUCAUCAACUAAUGAUACUGAUUCAUCUCAACAAUCAAGUAAUUCAAAUAAUUCAUUUUAUAAUAAUAAUAAUAAUAAUAAUAUGAUUACAAUUAUCAUCUUCUCCAUUUUUUUCAUUAUUUCAAUGAUUUAA